AAUAACAAAAAUAAUAUAAUUUGCUUCUCCUUCUUCUCCUCUUUCUUUCUGUGUGCGCGUCUUCAAUAGCAGGACAACCAAAUGAAACUGAACUUCCUGUUAAAACCCUUUUCUCCAUUGAUAAAUCUGUUUAUUAUUAUUUCCUUUCUUCUUGCAAGAAAGGUUUUAUGUAUAGAUCCUUAUUUCUUGGCCUGCAACCCUAAAACUUGUGGCGAUGGCCAAAACAUAACCUUUCCUUUCUUUAUUGAAGACCAGCAAGAAUCUUUUUGUGGGUAUCCUGGAUUCAAUCUUUCUUGCCAAAAUGGGCAUCCAAUUCUUAAUUUACAAGACAAUAACUAUAUUAUCCAAGAAAUCAACUACAGAAACCAGUCUCUUCGUGUUUCAAACGCUGCCAUUUUCAAUACAAGCAAUACUUGCGAUCCUUCUUCUUCUUUCAGUUUCAAGAACAUGACACUAUCCGAUGAUAGGUUUAGUUUAUCCCCUAACCAAACAGGCCUCUUCUUCCUAUACCAUUGCAACUCAACACUGAUUAGAGACGGUAAUAAUAGUGAUCUUAGAAAAUAUGAGGUUGAUUGCUUUGGCAAGAGUGACAGUGGGUCGACUCUAUCAAUAUUAGAGGACGAUCCUUCCUUCAGAAAAGCAGAAGAAGUGUGUGAAGGAGAAGUGGUUGUGCCUGUUGAUUUGCAGAAAGGAGAGAGUAGUAAUGGGUUUGAAAGGAUGAUAGAGAAAGGGUUUUCGUUGGACUGGACAGCAAGUAAUUGUAGUAUUUGUGAAAAUAGCGGUGGCAAAUGUGGGUUUGAUAAUAAGACUUACCAUUUUACGUGUUUCUGCCCAGACAGGCCUCAUGCUUGGAGUUGCCCAGAUAUUAUCUCUGAGAACUCUAGAACUAGAAGAGUGGCGCUUAAAGCUACAAUACCAAUAGCAACUGCUGGAAUUGGGGUACUGAUAAUUAUUACAGUCUUCUGCAUCAGGAGAAAACGCUUAUCCAGUAAUUUCAGGUCCUGCUGGAGGAUAAGAACACAAGAUUUUCAAAGUAUUGAGGCCUUUCUAAGAAGCCAUGGACCGCUGGCACUAAAAAGAUAUGAAUAUUCUGAAGUUAAGAAAAUCACAGGGUCUUUUAAAUUUAAAAUAGGCCAAGGAGGGUAUGGAAGUGUGUAUAAAGGUGAGUUACCUGAUGGAUGUCUUGUAGCAGUAAAAGUCUUGAAAGAAUCAAAGAGCAGUGGAGAAGAAUUUAUUAAUGAAGUUGCAAGUGUCAGUAGAACUUCCCAUGUCAACAUUGUUACUCUAUUAGGAUUUUGCUUUGAGGGUUCCAAACAAGCUCUUAUCUAUGAGUUCAUCUCCAAUGGAUCUCUUGAAAAGUACAUAUAUAAAGAAAAUUCUUUGAAAUCCAAUCAACAAAUAGGAUGGGGAACUUUAUUUGAAAUUGCAGUUGGCAUUGCACAAGGAUUGGAGUACUUACACCGAGGUUGUAACACAAGGAUAUUACAUUUUGACAUAAAGCCUCACAACAUUCUUCUGGAUGAAAAUUUCUGUCCUAAAAUAUCAGAUUUUGGUCUUUCUAAGAUAUGUACUAAAAGGGAGAGCAUCGUGUCAAUGAUGGGUGCGAGAGGGACAAUUGGAUAUAUUGCACCUGAAGUAUUUUACAGAAACAUUGGUGGGGUUUCUCACAAAUCUGAUGUUUACAGCUAUGGAAUGCUGGUGCUAGAAAUGGUUGGAGCAAGAAAUAAAAUUAGUGCAGAAAUUGAUCAUACAAGUGAUGUAUAUUUUCCGGAUUGGAUAUACAAACGUCUUGAACUAGACCAAGAACUUGGACUUUGCGGGAUCAACAAUGAAGAGGAAAACCAGAUUGCAAGAAAACUGGUAUUAGUGAGUUUGUGGUGCAUACAAACUAACCCUUCAAACCGGCCCUCAAUGGAUAGAGUAGUGGAAUUGCUGAAAGGAAGCCCUGUGUCUCUGGAAGUCCCACCUAGACCUUAUAUGUCUUCCCCUUCAAGAUCCCUUGUACCAUCAAUGGCUGAUUCUUUGACUACAACUACUACGACAGGCUGACUUAUUAUUAUCACUUCUUUUUUUUUU